AAAGUGUAUCUUGGAAUGCAUCAGGUUCUCUUCUUGCGACAUGUGGGCGAAAUAAAACUGUUUGGAUUUGGGAAAUCCUACCAGGGAAUGAAUUUGAGUGUAUUCAGGUUUUCAAGGUCAUACUCAGGAUGUGAAAAUGGUUCGGUGGCAUCCCACAAUGGAUAUUUUGUUUUCCUGUAGCUACGAUAACACUGCAAAGGUUUGGUGGUCAGAGGAUGCUGAUGGUGGUUGGGACUGUGUGCAAACUUUAGGUGAAUCUAGCAAGAAUCAUCUGUGCAUUCUCUCAGGUUUUCAUGAUCGAACAAUCUUUUCAGUUCACUGGUCAAGUGGAGCUGCUGAUGAUGCUGUACGGUUGUUUGUAGAAAGCAAAGAUGGUUUGAUGAAUGGACCACCUUCAUAUCAAUUGCCAUUGAAGAAGGAGAAGGCCCAAGACAGUGGUGCCCUGGGGAAAAACGUCUACUUGCUUCUGCAAGAACAAGGUGUGAGAGCUGGCAACUUUGUCCUGAUCAGGAUUCCUUGAUUUUUUUUUUCUUACCUUUGGGAUUUUAGAUAUAUGUACGGUUUGAGAAAUUUGUAUAAGUGAGAUUGUAAUGGUUGUGGUUUUGGGAAGAAAUAGUAUAUAAAGCAGAAUUGCUGUGUAAAAUUUAUGAUUGAUUCUACUCCCCUUCCUUUA